GUGCUUUUUCCUAUUCUAGAAGCCACAUCUGCUUUGGGAUGAAAUCUCCAGAAGAGAUGCGUCAACAGGCUCAUAUUCAGGUGGUUAGUAAGAAUUUGUACAGCCAGGACAACCACCACUCUCCACUGCUGUAUGGAGUACUGGACCACCGAAUGGGUACAAGUGAAAAGGACCGUCCAUGUGAAACCUGUGGAAAGAAUCUAGCCGAGUGUUUGGGGCAUUAUGGCUACAUUGACUUGGAGCUGCCAUGUUUCCAUGUUGGGUACUUUAAAGCUGUCAUAGGCAUCUUACAGAUGAUCUGCAAGACCUGUUGCCGUAUCCUAUUGUCCUUUGAGGAGAGGAAACAGUUUUUGGAUUAUCUGAAGAGGCCUGGUCUGACCUACCUACAAAAACGAGGAUUGAAAAAGAAAGUCUCAGAGAAGUGCAGAAAGAAAAGCACCUGCCCCUACUGUAGCGCUUUCAAUGGUACUGUAAAGAAGUGUGGGUUAUUGAAGAUAAUCCAUGAGAAGUACAAGACCAAUAAGAAAGUGGUGGAUCCAAUAGUAUCCAGUUUCCUGCAGUCCUUUGAAACUGCCAUAGAACACAACAAAGAAGUGGAAUCCUUGCUGGGGAGAGCUCAGGAGAACUUGACUCCUUUAGUGGUAUUAAACCUCUUUAAAAGAAUCCCAGCAGAAGAUAUCCCUCUGCUUCUGAUGAACCCAGAAGCAGGAAAGCCUUCCGAUUUGAUCCUGACACGACUGCUGGUACCUCCAUUGUGCAUCCGACCCUCUGUUGUGAGUGACUUGAAAUCUGGCACCAAUGAAGAUGACUUGACAAUGAAGCUUACAGAGAUAAUUUUUCUCAAUGAUGUAAUCAAAAAGCAUAGGAUAUCGGGAGCCAAAACACAGAUGAUAAUGGAAGACUGGGACUUCCUACAGCUACAGUGUGCCCUGUACAUUAACAGUGAGCUUUCUGGAAUUCCUCUUAAUAUGGCACCCAAGAAAUGGACCCGAGGUUUUGUUCAAAGACUGAAAGGGAAGCAAGGUCGGUUUAGAGGCAAUCUGUCUGGAAAGCGAGUGGACUUCUCAGGCAGAACUGUCAUUUCCCCUGACCCCAACUUACGAAUAGACGAAGUGGCUGUGCCUGUUCACGUUGCCAAAAUUUUAACAUUCCCUGAAAAAGUGAACAAAGCUAACCUAAAUUUUAUGAGGAAACUUGUACGGAACGGUCCUGAAGUUCACCCUGGUGCCAAUUUCAUUCAGCAGAGGCACACGCAAAUGAAAAGGUUUUUGAAAUAUGGAAACCGUGAGAAGAUGGCUCAGGAGCUCAAGUAUGGUGACAUAGUAGAGAGACAUCUCAUAGAUGGGGAUAUAGUUCUGUUCAACCGACAGCCCUCUCUGCACAAGCUAAGCAUAAUGGCUCACAUAGCUAGAGUAAAGCCCCACAGGACCUUCAGGUUUAACGAAUGUGUCUGCACACCAUACAAUGCUGAUUUUGAUGGAGAUGAAAUGAACCUUCAUCUUCCUCAAACGGAGGAGGCCAAAGCAGAAGCAUUGAUUCUGAUGGGGACCAAAGCAAACUUGGUAACACCAAGAAAUGGAGAGCCUCUGAUUGCUGCUAUUCAAGAUUUUCUUACAGGUGCCUAUCUUCUCACACUAAAAGACACCUUCUUUGACCGUGCCAAGGCCUGUCAAAUUAUUGCUUCUAUCCUGGUUGGCAAGGAUGAGAAGAUUAAAGUUCGCCUUCCACACCCAGCAAUCUUAAAGCCUGUAACCCUGUGGACAGGAAAGCAGGUCUUCAGCCUGAUUCUGAAACCUAGCGAUGACUGUCCUGUGAAAGCCAAUCUCCGAACCAAAGGAAAACAGUAUUGUGGCAGAGGGGAAGAUCUUUGUACCAAUGAUUCUUAUGUUACAAUCCAGAAUAGCCAGUUGAUGAGUGGUAGUAUGGACAAAGGAACAUUAGGAUCCGGAUCCAAGAAAAAUAUUUUUUACAUUCUGCUGAGAGACUGGGGACAGGUGGAAGCAGCAGAUGCUAUGUCACGGUUAGCUAGGCUUGCUCCUGUCUACCUCUCUAACCGAGGGUUCUCAAUUGGGAUUGGUGAUGUAACUCCAGGACAGGGGCUGCUAAAGGCUAAAUAUGAGCUGCUAAAUGCCGGCUAUAAGAAAUGUGAUGAGUACAUUGAAGCUUUGAACACUGGCAAGCUGCAGCAGCAGCCUGGCUGCACCGCAGAAGAGACAUUAGAGGCCUUAAUCCUUAAAGAGCUCUCUGUGAUCAGAGACCACGCUGGCAGUGCCUGUCUCAGAGAACUAGAUAAGAGUAACAGUCCCCUUAUCAUGGCGCUCUGUGGUUCUAAAGGUUCCUUCAUUAACAUAUCCCAGAUGAUUGCCUGUGUAGGACAGCAGGCUAUCAGUGGGUCACGAGUGCCUGAUGGAUUUGAAAAUAGGUCUCUGCCUCACUUCGAGAAGCAUUGUAAGCUUCCAGCAGCAAAAGGUUUUGUUGCCAAUAGUUUCUAUUCUGGCUUGACUCCUACUGAGUUCUUCUUCCAUACAAUGGCUGGUCGAGAAGGUCUAGUUGAUACAGCAGUAAAAACAGCUGAAACUGGAUAUAUGCAGAGACGACUGGUGAAAUCUCUUGAAGAUCUUUGUUCUCAAUAUGAUCUGACUGUCAGAAGUUCUACUGGUGACAUUAUACAGUUCAUUUAUGGGGGAGAUGGCUUAGAUCCUGCCGCUAUGGAAGGGAAAGAUGAGCCUUUGGAAUUCAAGCGAGUCCUGGACAACAUCAGAGCCGUAUAUCCAUGUCAAAGUGAACCAGCUCUUAGUAAAAAUGAAUUGGUGUUAACUGCUGAGUCCAUCAUGAAGAAGGUUGAAUUCCUUUGCUGCCGAGACAGUUUCCUGCAGGAGAUUAAAAAGUUCAUCAAAAGUGUUUCUGAAAAGAUCAAGAAAACCAGGGAUAAAUAUGGCAUUAAUGACAAUGGCACAACAGAGCCACGUGUUUUGUACCAAUUGGAUCGAAUUACUCCAACACAGCUAGAGAAGUUUCUAGAGACCUGUAGGGAUAAAUACAUGAGGGCACAGAUGGAGCCUGGCUCGGCAGUAGGAGCUCUGUGUGCUCAGAGUAUUGGUGAGCCUGGCACACAAAUGACUCUGAAAACGUUCCACUUCGCUGGUGUUGCCUCAAUGAACAUCACUUUGGGUGUUCCAAGAAUCAAAGAAAUUAUAAAUGCUUCCAAAGCAAUCAGCACACCUAUUAUCACCGCACACUUGGACAUGGAUGAUGAUUCUGAUUUUGCCCGUCUAGUUAAGGGAAGAAUUGAGAAAACCCUAUUAGGAGAGAUUUCAGAGUACAUUGAAGAAGUGUUUCUUCCUGAUGAUUGCUUUAUACUGGUCAAGCUCUCACUGGAGCGGAUUAGACUGCUGAGACUAGAGGUGAAUGCAGAGACUGUGCGGUACUCUAUCUGCACAUCUAAGUUAAGAGUAAAGCCAGGGGAUGUUGCUGUCCAUGGAGAGGCAGUCGUAUGUGUGACCCCUCGUGAGAAUAGUAAGAGUUCAAUGUAUUACGUCUUGCAAUCCCUUAAAGAAGAGCUACCAAAGAUUGUAGUGCAAGGUAUCCCAGAAGUGUCUCGAGCUGUCAUUCAUAUUGAUGAGCAGAGUGGCAAGGAGAAAUACAAACUUCUGGUGGAAGGUGAUAACCUACGAGCUGUCAUGGCCACCCAUGGAGUUAAAGGAACAAAAACCACUUCUAACAACACUUAUGAGGUAGAGAGAACACUAGGGAUUGAAGCUGCUCGAACCACCAUUAUCAAUGAGAUUCAGUACACUAUGGUAAACCAUGGUAUGAGCAUUGACAGGAGGCAUGUUAUGCUGCUAUCAGAUCUGAUGACAUACAAGGGUGAAGUCCUGGGCAUUACUAGGUUUGGGCUGGCAAAAAUGAAAGAGAGUGUGCUAAUGCUGGCUUCUUUCGAAAAGACUGCAGACCAUCUCUUUGAUGCUGCCUACUUUGGGCAGAAGGAUUCCGUGUGUGGUGUUUCUGAGUGUAUCAUCAUGGGAAUUCCCAUGAACAUCGGAACAGGACUCUUCAAACUGCUGCACAAAGCAGACAAGGAGCCAAAUCCUCCUCGGAGACCUCUUAUUUUUGAUAACGAAUUCCAUAUUCCACUUAUCACAUAGGAGCUGGGAAACACCAAUUUGGAAGAACUUGAAAUAAAGCUUAAACUAAGGUUUUCACUACACGUAUCUCAGAUAGUUGGAGCUGUGACCAGGCAAGGGAAAUAUUGUUGCCAGAAUCGGCAGUGCACUGUGUUGUUACAGAUUUUUAAAGGAGAUACUCGUCUAGACAGAGAACUAAAAAUCAGGUCUAAAAUGAAUGUCCAUUGACUAUACUUCAUUGUUAAUGUUUAAGAAGUUUCCAUGCUACAAAUAUUAAAAGCAGCAACACACUGGCUGGAAGAAAGCUGGAGGAAUUACGUGAUUUAUGAUAAAUACUCCCAAGAUUUGGUGGAUGCAGUGUAGUAGAAAUUGAUUUUCUAUUUCUUAGAUCAUCACAUAUAAAGUCAUCCAUUUUCUGACAGAUGUACUCAACUUCUUGGUGUUGGGAAUUGAAGCACAGAUGCAAUUUCAUUGGUGCCUUUAGAAGUGGAAGUUUUUGGACUGCUACCUCUAGAGGGUCAUUAGUAGAACUGGUUAAAUGACUACAAAAGAUGCAUAUAAGGUGGUUGAAGCUAAGAAUUAUAUGUUAAAGCAGUAAGAUAAUGAAGGAUGGCAAGAUUUCAAUCUAAUAAUAUUCUUUACAAAAGAAAUAUAAUUGCUGUUCGGUUUUACAAGAUGUAUUGGUCCAUGCAAUAUAAACAAGCAAUGUAAGCAAUUUGUCUGCAAAAAAGAGCCUUUUGCUCAGGGAGACAAUGUGUCCUUUAUG